AACUGUGACUUGUUACUAACCAGUUGUUACUUUUAGAUUUUGUUAAAAAUAAGAGUUCGCUGUGUCAUUGAAUCGUAAUUUUUAAAGUUAAAAUGGAGCCAAAAUUUCAGUUGCCCUCACCGAAUUUUAAUAAAAAAUGCACUGAACCCAACAAGACUAACUUGCAUUACUUAUCACCUUUUGGCAUGACGUUACUUUCACGUGCCAAACAGCCACCACCCAUGUAUGGAGUGCACGGCAGUACGGUACCCUCAAAAUAUUUGAAAGUUGACGAGCAACAAAAUAUCAAUGUCACACAACUUAUACCAAACCGUUCUCCACCACGGACCGAAUACUGUGAAAACUGCAAAUUGGAAUUGGCUACGGCGCAUGAUAUGCGACGUCAUUUAAAUCAGCAUGAAACGUGUCCCGCAGAGGAUUGCAGUUUUGUAGCUCUAUCAUCCAUUAUGGAGCAACAUAUUGAGGCAAAUCAUAUAACCGGCUUGUACAAAACCGUAAGAAAAACUUGGACACCUCAGAACAUUGCUGACUGGCGUGCGGAACGUUGCAAGAGAUUUCCGACAGUAGCUAGUGUAAAUAUAGCAAAACAGGCUAAGGAUCAGCGCUUAAAACGCGGUGAACGGCUUGAGGCAUCUAAGAGACGCUUUGGCAAGUCAGAUGGCCGACGAUGCACGCGUCCACGUCCGCACACAAAAAAACGGAAGGGUCCAAACGAAAUUAAGACGCCUAGGCACGUUAAUGCUUCGGAAGAACAGACAGAACCUCAAGAUAUGCGAAAGGAGCCGAAAAUAAUAAGGAACACUAUUUUUCAGUAUCCAAGCAAUUCAACUCAAGUGUCAAUUUUUCGUGGCACUAGUAAAAUGAAUGAUUACGAGCAUGUAACGACUAAAACCAUAAAGAAGAUUGAUAAUGCAUUGAGCAACAUAUUGGGAAUGUAUGGAACGGACAGUGAAAAUGACAAUGAAGCAUCAGACAUUGAUAACGAUUUGACUGAUUCGACUCAUGUUCCUUGUAUAGUACCCAAGCUUACUACAGAUAGGCCUAACGCGGAUUCAUCUGAGCGUGAACUAAAUUAUUCAGCCAUCCCUUUGGUAGAAAAUAUUAACAUAUGUUCGAGCUCUUCCGACGAGGGACCCGAUGAUGUACCCAUUGAACGCCAUAAUGAACCUAUUUCGCAAACCGCAAUUCAGAAUCUGAGAUGUCCUCUAGUACCCAAAAGCAUCAAACCAGCUACUGAAACAAAUACGAAACGUCCUCUUCCAAAGAAAAUACAUUCUGGUUUGAAUUACAAGCGUGCACGUCAAUUUAACAAUCAGAAUACAAUGCUGUCCAAGCUACUAGAGCGCGACAUUCGUCACGAGCGAAACGUUCUUUUGCAAUGUGUGCGAUACGUUUGUGAAAGGAACUUCUUUGAUAUAUGUAAAAAAUUUUCCGAAUUAAGCAAAACAUAAAAAAUCAAUAGCA